CAGCGCCCCAGCUGGCCACGGUGGCUUGUUGAGACGGCAUGCGCCACACCCAGCCUUACUCGCGAUUAAACCGGUCUUACUCACCUCUCACGUCAAAUCACAGUGUCUCAAUUGGUCAGCAGUGCGCGUUUGCCGCAAACUGCCGGAAUCCAGAAUGCUGCGGUGUGGCAUUGAGCACAUGGCGAUGAACGCGCAACCUGAGCUGGCAACGCAAAACUGCACAGAGCCCGCGAGAGCAGCACAUAUAGCAUGGAUGGGCUGAUCGCGGUGACCGCGGCCACCAUGCCGCGCUGCGCGGCUGCAUCUUUGCAUUUUGCAAGCUCAAUACCCGUUUCCGCCCUGCCGCGCACCGGCGCUGCCCCAGAGGGCCGCCAGCCCUGCGUCGCGCCGCCGCUGCGAGACGAAAGCACUCGCGACGCGUGUCGUGCCGCGCGCCCGGGCUUGGGGAGCGCAACACAAAAGUCAUGUGCAUGUCGCGCGUCUCACGAGGCUCGCACAAAAGUCAUGUCGUGCCGCGUAUCUCACGAGCUCGCGCGCAGGUCAACGAUGGCCCGCCUCCUGACCGCCCUCGCCCUCGUCGCUUCCGCCGGUGCGUUCGCCCCGGCGGCGACGCAGACCCGCAGCGCCUCGGCGCUCUCGGCGUACGUGCCCCAGGGCCUCUCGGCGUCGGAGUACGCGGCGAAGAAGGCCGCCGACGCGAGCAAGAAGCAGGCCAACAAGUCCCGCUUCCCCAAGGGCAAGAACCUUGUCAAGGACGUCGCCGACUGGCUCGUCGAGAUGGAGGCCAAGCAGACCUUCAAGGGCGACCAGGUCGCGGGCUCCGGCCACACGUUCGCCAAGGAGAAGUUCACCUCCAAGGCCGCCUUCGACGUCGCGAACGGCCGCCGCGACAAGGGCUACGGCGGCAAGGCCGGCUCCGCGGCGGCGCCGAAGAAGAAGGCCUUCGGCCUCUUCUAAGCUCGCGGAUGGGUCCCGAGCGGCGACGACCUUGCUCCCCCUGUGACUAAUAUUGGAUACUUAUCGUUCGCGCCGCCGUUCGGUCAAUCGCGUAAUUAGCAUGGUAGCGUCGUCGGUC